AUGGCUUCCGUAAAUCUGUCCCUAGAAAGAAGACCCUUAACGUACACCCCCGUCUAUAAGACACCACCACAACGAAGAAAGAAAGAUCGCGCCACCGAUGAGAACGCCUCACCGGAGAAAAGGCCGAUCGUUCAGCACGGUCUGGACUUGCCUCCGGAUCCGAUGUUGACCGACUGUCUGCCAACGCCCACCCUAAAUUAUCCGCAAAAUCAUGUGCCUCAGCAAAGCACUUAUAAUCAUCCGCCCACGAUGGCUGAUUUCAAACAGAUGGCCAUGGACGCCUACAAUCAACGUAAUAACCAAAACGUAUAUUAUAGCCUUCAGAGGACGAGCAAAGGGCUUUCGAUGCCGCAGAGGCCCGUUUCAUCGUCGGUGUCCGCGCAAGGCAAAUUCCAUCAACCGGAAGUGGUGACUCGCUCGAAUCGGAUACAAGAGAGCUGUAUAUAAGUUCGGAGGAAUUCCCCUUGCGGGAUCGACCUCGUGAGCUUCUAAGACGCCGCCGACGAUUAUAUUUACACGCGUAAAUGUAAACGAAUACGAGCGAAGAGAACAGCGUUAGAGAUUCACGUGGAUUCACGAGACGCGAACGCGAAGUCUAUCUUCCCAUAGUUGGUGCGCGAGUUACAAACUACUCCGCGAAAUACACUUAACGUUUACCAAACAAAACAGUAGAGAGAAACUGGUGUGCGGUCGCUUCGGAUCGUAUUGACCAGGAACGCGAUCUCCUCUCGAAAUUACGCUACAUCUCGAUGCCGUCCCGCGGACGGCAUAUCUACGUUUUCAUAAUUUUACCGGAAAAUCGAGAUAAACGACUUUAGCAAAAUAGAAGGAGUACCUAUACAUGUCCAGAAUUAUUUCUUUACUGCCAUAUACUGAGGUAUAAACGGUAUAUCGUAACGUACAAAGAGUCUAACCCCUAAGUAGUUAACAUCAAUAACAAGAAGGAAGAGAGAUGAGGCUGGGUCAAAGUGAGCUGAGAGAAAAUUUCAACGGUGGCUUUAUACUUUAUUCAUACUUCCGGUUUCCAAGUCGCGCACAAAACAGCGUCUUUUAUAUAUACUUCACAUAUUCUUUUGGAACUUUUACAAUCUACAAGCUACUUUCAGGUUGCUCUGACAGUUUUAUAAAAUAAUACGGUUAAGAAGAGUAUGUAUUAUCCAUGGAUCAAAGCUUAUUCUCCAGCCUUACUCUCAAAAUACUAACAAUAUUAAUGUGAUCGUAUUCGAAGCUCAUCAAUGCUCAUGUUUUCUUACGCAAAAUUUUUAUAACGACCCAAGAAAAGACAUAUUCUUUCGAAAGACUUCGCCGAAACUCGAGAAAAUUCUCUCUUUAAGGAGCGACGUCUUCGUUCCCGAUCACUGACGCGGUACACGGACGUGGGUUUUACUGUUUAUAUGAAACUAGUUUUUGUACAAAGAUCUAUUGUAAAUAGACACGAGCCUGGCCCUAGAAUUAUAGUCACUAAUGUCCGAAUUUCAAUUCGUUACACGUUAAGCUGAGAAAUGUCCGAUCGCGUAAGAUAAAAUUCGAUGGCAUACGAAUACGAAUAAAGAGAAUACGUUUCAUCUGUUUUACACAAA